AUGAGAGAUGUCGGUCUCGGCGAUGAAAAUAUGAUGUAUCUUUUUCAACAUAAAGAUUUUGUCGGUAAAAGGCUCAAUAUCUACGAUAUAGUGCUGAUGGAAAAGCCAUCGAAGACUGUUCUUCUGGAUUCAGCCGAUCCAGACACCGUCAUUGAAAGCUUAACAGCCGAAAUGAAAGGAGUUGGAAAGACAGGUUGGGUGAACGUUCACACUGAUAAAAUAUUCGAGACAGAAAAGUUAUACAUGCACGCGCAAUUGGCCUUAUGCGCACCAGGAACGUCGAUCUCUGUCGGAAAGCACCAGUUUCCGCUUCAGAUGAUGAUUCCUGAGAGUGUUCCAAGCAGCUAUGAAAGUCAAUUCGGUUCCAUUCGAUAUCAUGUCAAAGUGGUAUUGACAGCAAAUAGUGACCAAGCUUCAUGUUCGCGAUUGUUUCCAAUUGUUGUCGUAGCUCGUUCGUUUUUUGACGAUGUACCGAUGAACGUGCUAUCUCCGAUUGAUUUUCGAGAUGAGGUUGACUUCACAUGCUGUUCGUUACCACUCGGAUGUGUAUCGCUGAUGGUUUCACUUCCGAGAACAAUAUUCCGACUGGGAGAGACGGUUGAAGCUCAAGUGACCGUGAACAAUCGGACACGAAAAGGGCUUAAAGAUUGUGCGCUUCAGUUAAGCAUGAAAACUCAGUUCGAAGCGAUGAGCAGAUAUGAACAUGUGAAUGAAAAGAAACUGAUCGAACAGGCAAUCGAGUUGGUUCCAUUGGGAAACGUGAGAUCCAGACACAAACAGGUGUUUUCGAAGUGUCACAUUCGAAUACCUGAAGGAGUGCCGCCUACCCAGAAUUAUAAUAGAGAAACAGGCGAUACAUCCAUAAUUACCAUUCACUACGUGCUGAAACUUGUCGCCCUGCCAGGAAUCGAAUACGAGAUUCCUUUGGUCGUCACCUCGAUGGGCUAUGCUGAUUCGGCGAAAGACGCCGCAUUUGUGUUGCACAGCCAGCGGAAGAGCUCAAGCUGGCAACGAACGACACGGAAUAUUGUUGAAUAG